CCACCACCACCACCACCACAACAACCACAAAAACCACCACCAUGACCGACCCCACAACCCCAAACACCACAAUCUACAAAGAUACGGAUCUAACGGUCCACCUAACCCUCAACCCAACAACCGCAGGCCACACAAUUGCAACCCUGACCCCAACAACAAACAGCACCAGCAGCAGUAGCAGCAGCACCAGCAGCCGCAACUCCAAACACAAACCCAACAACCUCUUUCACCUCCCGCAAGAAACCUUCCUCCACACACUCCUGACCCUCCGCACCCUCACCACCGCGCUCCAAAAAGCCAACACCGUGACGCGCACCGCCCUAAUAACAACAGGCGGGCGCAGCAUCUCGCUCCUCCCACUACACGGCGUCUCGGCCAAAUGGCAACCGAUCACGCACGCGACGCCGGACUUCCACGCGCAGUACCCAGGGUACAUCACGUCGAAGUCGGCGCCGCAGAUGGCGACACCGCGGCUCAACACGAUCCGCAGCAGCAUCCUCUUCGCGGCGUCGGUGUUGCCGACGAGCUACCACGCCGACCACACGUUCCACGGCGGCGCGGCGGACGACCAGAACCUGUUCGCGCGGAUCGUGCGCGGCGAGCAUAGCCCACAGUGGCGCGUGUGGGAGGACGAGCGCCACGUCGCGUUCCUGACGCCCUUCGCCAAUACGCCCGGCUUCACGGUUGUGGUGCCGCGGGUGCAUCUGUCGAGUGAUAUCUUCUCUUUGAAUGAGAGGGAUUAUGCGGGGCUGAUGGAGGCGGCGUAUACCGUUGGGAGGUUGCUGAUUCGCGCGUUUGGGGUUGAGCGCUGCGGGAUGAUCUUCGAGGGGUUUGAGAUCGAUUAUGCGCAUGUCAAGCUCGUUCCUAUUCAUGGGUUUGGUGAUGAUGAUGACGAUCAGGAUUAUCAGGGGCAGGAAGGUCUGCAGGAGCCGUUCCAGGAGGUGUAUCAGGGGUAUGUGAGUUCGUUGCCGGGGCCAAGAGUAGAAGAUGUAGAGGGGGUGGUGAAGAUGGCGAGAGAGAUCCGCGGGCUGAUUGAGUCGGAGCCAGUAGGGUGUUCUUAGACGUAGCAUUGAGAAAUAUAAGGAUAGAGGGGAAAGGGGGUUGAUCAAGUCUCGCG